UGCCGCCACUGUUCUCAGAGUGAGCAGGAGCGGAGAGAGGCUAGAGAAGCAGGAGCAGCGGGCGGCUUGGAGGGCUGGUUUACAAGCCCCGCACACGGGGCAGCUGCGUGGUGCAGCCUGCAGGGCUUUGAUCAGCUGCAGUCUGGUGAACACGGGACUUUGAGUCGCUUUUUUUCCCCCCCUUGCCAGGCAGGGGGUGGGAGGCCGAAGCCGCUCUAGUUCUGAGUUAAAGAGCCCUUGGCAGGAAGGUGCUGCCAGGCUGCUGCAGGAGGAUGCGAGCUGAGGGCAGCAGCAGAGCCGAGGAGGAGCAGCUGCUGCAGCUACCUGUGUGGCCUGGGCUGCCGCAGCAGAGACCUGCUGGCGGCAUCAUCAUGUGAAUAUUUAUUACCCGGCUGGGGUCUUCGCUCGCGGUAAUCGAAUGGGAGGUUUGCUUCGGGGAAGGUUAUUUUUCCCCCCUGCGGAAGCUUAUCUGGGGCUCGUGCGGCGAUCGGGGCAGCUGUGGAGCGGACCAGAUCUAACUGGCUUUAUCCAGACAAUGAUCCCAAAGACUAUAUGAUAAUUUUUGGUGGCUGAGAGAGAAAGAAGGCAUUUUGGGGACUGUAUUGAAGCAGAACAGGGGAGCAGGAGGGUGAAAUCAUCCUGCCUGCUCCUCCAGCAGUGGCAGCUCUGCAACUGGUGUGUACAGUGCAUUUUCAGCAGUAGCAAAAUACUAGUUUGCAGGAAGCUGCCAGUUCAACAGCAGGACCCGAGGUACUCCAGAGACAAGAGAAGAAGCAGCACCAGCAUGGAUAAGGACAGCAUGAGCCUAGCUGACCAGCAGUAUGAAUGUGUGGCUGAGAUUGGUGAAGGUGCCUAUGGGAAGGUAUUCAAGGCCCGAGACUUGAAGAAUGGAGGUCGUUUUGUAGCCUUGAAGCGUGUGCGGGUGCAGACAAGCGAGGAGGGAAUGCCACUCUCCACCAUCCGUGAGGUGGCAGUAUUGAGGCACCUGGAGACCUUUGAGCAUCCCAAUGUGGUCAGGUUAUUUGAUGUAUGCACAGUGUCACGAACAGACAGAGAGACCAAACUAACACUAGUGUUUGAACAUGUCGAUCAAGACUUGACCACUUACUUGGAUAAAGUUCCAGAGCCUGGCGUGCCUAUGGAUACUAUAAAGGACAUGAUGCUUCAGCUGUUGCGAGGGCUGGAUUUUCUUCAUUCACACCGAGUGGUGCACCGUGACCUGAAACCUCAAAAUAUCCUCGUGACAAGCAGUGGGCAGAUAAAAUUAGCUGACUUUGGCCUUGCACGAAUCUACAGUUUUCAGAUGGCUCUUACCUCAGUGGUUGUCACUCUGUGGUACAGAGCUCCUGAAGUUUUGCUUCAAUCCAGCUAUGCAACACCAGUUGAUCUUUGGAGUGUUGGUUGCAUAUUUGCAGAAAUGUUCCGUCGGAAGCCACUUUUUCGUGGAAAUUCAGAUGUUGAUCAGCUAGGAAAAAUCUUUGAUGUUAUUGGGCUCCCGGAAGAAGAAGACUGGCCUAGUGAUGUUGCCCUUCCAAGACACGCUUUCAAUUCCAGACCCCCACAACCCAUUGAAACUUUUGUACCAGAUAUCGAUGAACUAGGCAAGGACUUACUUCUUAAAUGUUUAGCGUUCAAUCCCACCAAGAGGAUAUCUGCCUAUGUUGCCCUGUCUCACCCUUAUUUCCAUGAUCUGGAGAAAUGCAAGGAGAAUCUGGACUCUCUCAUGUCAGCCAGCCAAAACUCCAACGAGGUGAAUAAAUCAUAAGGCUCAUUGAAGCUGAACCUACAAAUGAACAGUGUAGCUGACAAAGGUCACUGUCCCUAGCUGUUCUACUGAAGAUCAUUAUUUGGAGGUUUUACACGUCUGUCUGCUUCUUCAGGAUGGUAAUAUGCUCCAAGGAAACCAACCUAGUUUACUUUCAUCAAAGCAAUGCAAGAGCCCGGGAUUUCACCUGCUCCCGUUGCAGCUUUAUAUGUGUGUGUGUGUGUGUUCUGUUUUGUUUUGUUUUGUUUAACUACCUGGGAAAACUCCAGAUGAAGAGAAGCUGCUGACCAGUUUUGCUGCCAUUUUAUUCUUCUCAUAUUGAAUGCUGCCAGUGUUCCAGUCACUGCCAAAACAUGACGCAAUCUCUCCCUCUAGCUGCUGAAGCCUGAUCUGGUAUUUUUUAAUUGUUAUUUUGGGAUUUCUUAAAAUGAUAGUUAAAAGAAUGGCAUUGAAAUAUUGGAUCUCUACAACCUGCAAAUAAUUGAUAAGUAAAUGAAGGCAUCUAGCUACUAUUGGUAACAUACAAGGAGGUGCUUCCGCAGUUGAAAACUUGGACAAAUAAUUUUAUUAUUUCAUUACUGUCCAUAAAAAUGAUGAUAAACUGAAUCAAUUUUUAGUUUUUUUUAAUGUACAACUGAAUUAUUAACUAGAUGAGUUUAUGUGCAUGUCACAAAAAUAAGUUAAAGAAAACUUUUAGGGACUUACUCUUUAAAGACUCUACUCUCCAAAAAUAUUGCAUUUGUUGUUUGAAUCGGUCAAUGAAGUCUAACUUUUUAUUUCUUUCUCAAAACAAUUGCAAGCAUAUGUUCCAUGAUCUAGUACAGAAGUUUAUAAUAUGUAGAUCAAAGAGGUAUAUAGAGCUGAUGAAAAUCAAAACAGGGUUUCCCGUUGUAACAUAAACUUAUUAGCAUCAAAAAAGUAACUUGGAAAAAUGUUUCCUGUUUUAGAAGCAGAGAAUUCUUUGAUUAUGGAGAAGAACUCUUAUGCACAUGUGCUAUAUUGGAUGGAAUAUAGUGUGCUGCUUUACCUGUAACACACAACUUAUACAACACAGUGCAUGAACAUUACUCAUAUUUCAUUUACUAGCAGAUAUUUUUUUCUGUGCAGAAAUGCAUGAGCAUCCCUCCUAACCCACUAUGUGGGUAUAUUGGCACACCAUAUUUCUCACUGUGUUAGCAGUAAUGUGCCAUAAUUGAAUUAUAACUAAACAAUUCACAUAACUUUUUAGCAGUUAUUUUAAAUAUUACAUUACAUUUUUAUAUUUAGUAUUUUACCUUAACUAAAAUAUAUUUUCAUUAUUUUUAAAAGAAACUUUUAUUUUUUUAGUACUGUGCGGAAAAAGUAAAUAUUUUAAAUACAUAAAGUAAAGGCUUUCCCUUAACCUAAACUUCAGUGCAUUUGCCUGUAUGUAACUCAAGGGAACAUUUGGCCCAGUGAGGUAACCCCUGCCCUAAAGGUACAUUAGGCACUACUGCACUAUAAAUAAUAAUACACAUAGCAGCUACCAUUGCUUACACCUGUGAUGGUUCUUCGUAAGCUAUCCUGCUUCUCUUGCCUCUGCUUCAUCUGUUCUAUCUACUGAGCCAGUAUCACAGCAUGCCUGGCAGUGCCAAGCUGAGCAAUAUAUAUUUUUCCAGCUAUGGCAUAGGAGCUUGUGGCUGUCUCCCUGGCAGGUUCCUCGGUUAUGUGGCAGACUUCACCAUUAGCUCUGAGCUGUUUAGCACUUAGGCAGGUGCUAAGAUAGUGAGUGGUUUUAUCUACCUUUUGUGAAGGCAUUCCUUUUCUGUUACACACCUAACAAUGAGACUUGGGGUAAAUUACUUCCGUGCUAUGUAGGCCAAAUUGUCAAAGGACCAGUUGCACAUGCGCAGUGGCACCUGUCGGGUCUGUUCAAAGAUCUACAGCAUGAACAGACAGGCUGUAAAUUAGGCUGGACAAGAUUGCAUCCAAGGCAUGUGUGCACAGAGUCUGGAUGCUUGCACAGCACAAGACUUUCCCAAGGGGCUCAAUGUGCCAAGCUGAAGGCCAGUGGGUAGCCAAAGCACCACUCAGCUGGUCUUGGCUCUGCCCUGUUCCUUCUCCCUCAGUGUCUAGGCCCAAGAUAAAUGAAGUAUCACUCGGUGGGUCUUGGCUCUACCCCAUUCCCUGUGGUCUUAGUUUCUGCAGCCCAGAGAGGGCUGAGGGUGCCGCUUGGCUGGUCUUGACAUCCUUAGAAAAAGGUGGAUCAUAGUGCAAUUAAAUGAACCACAAUUUCUAUUAAUAAUUUUAAAUAGUUAUUUAAAACAGAAAAAAAAAUCUAGGCCAACCUUGCAAAAUUAACAAAUGGGGAAAAGGCUACUGCACAAUUUAGCAAUUUUUAAAACAUUCCACAUUUUAUCUAGCACCAAACUAUUGUACGUACUUUUUCAGGGCACUUAGCUGGCAUCACUCUCUAGCAGCUGCCUGAGAACUAUCUCUUGGACACUGCAGCUCUGCAAGCACUAUAAAGGAAGGAAAAUAUUAGUUCUUUUUAAAAUCAUGCUAAAAAACUGAUGUGCAGAGGUGCUAGCAAUUACUCUGAAGGAUACUGUGUGAGAACCAGAACAGAGUACAAUACAGCUACUCCAUGUUGCACUCCAUCCCGUCCAAGCCUCAUUCCCAAGUCCCCUCAGUGGAAAAAAUACACAGUUUACCCUUCUCCAGUGCUCUAAGGCUGUUUGCUAUUCCCCAUUUUCUCUACUGACUCUGUGUGUCCCUUGGAUACUACUGCCAUGUGUGUAGUGAUAUGUGGGGAAGUGGGAACUGGAUUUCAAAAGGGAGGUGCCCACUGGUACAAAUUCCCUUCUUCCCUGCCAUCACCGCAGCAGUGAAGAAAACUGUUCACAUACACUGCAAACGGGGCCCUUGCAUAUAGCUCUACUCGGCCUUGACUUUGCAGCAGACUUGGGUGAACACAGCUAAAAAUUAUUGAACAACAAAAAUUAAAUUAAAAAAAAAGGUAAAAUAGUUCUUUAUCUUCUGGGGCACCUCCAGCCAGGGUGUUCAUUACAGUAGAUGUUCAGAUGUUCUGAGAAGUGGAAAGGCGCAUCUCCCAUCUACUGUCCAACGUUAUAGUCCUUUGAUGUUGAGCAAUGCUAUAGUCCCACAGGAUCCUGCAUGAUUCUGCAGGCCGAGCAGACCCAACAACUGAAGAAACCGCUAAGGUGAGGAUAGUGUAGUUUCAUGUGUACUUGCUUCUGUACUAUGAAAGCAUCUGCUUCCUCUGCUGAUUCCUUACUGGCUCUGUGUGGCCCCCUGAGACCAAUUUUCAGAAACUGAGCACCUGUUGGGCUGCACAUAUUUCACACUGACAUACAGUAAUAGGUCAUUAGCACAUGCCAAUAUUAUAUGAACAUAUUCUAAUGGUUGUUGUGUAUCUAAAGCACCCAGCACAAGAUAUGCCAAGCCAAAGGCAAAUAGAUGCAGCUGACUGGUUGACCGAGUCGCCUUUCCUCUGCCUCUCACCACUCUCUCUCAUCCUCUCUCCCACGAGACUCCCCCCCCCACCCUUUCCCUGCCUCUAUUUUCAGCUCCCACACAACUCGUCUUCCCUCACUGCUACUGCCAGUAGUUACCUCUUUUGGCCCAGCAGCCAAGAGAAGGAUGAUUAGAUGGAACCUCCUCAUCCACUGCCCAGUUUACACGUAACUACACUAUAACAAUGACUAGCUUGUGGACACCUUUUUUCUCUUGCGUGCACCAAUCAAAAUUCUAAGCCCAGCUAUUUAUCUUUCAGUACACAUAGCUGAUGCCCCCUUUGAAAAUCCAAGCUUGUCUUCUACUUGUGCCCCAAAAUACACCAAAAAACCAAGAUUUCUGCCUUCACAGGGUUUUGAAAAUUUGGUCCUACGUGCACAGAGUCUUUUCACGGGAUCAUAAAUAGUGGAUUCAUUGCUCCAGCAUUUCCUGUGUGCUGGACACUAUCCAUAUCCUGGUCCUCAGGCUCAAUUUACACUUAAGUUUUCUGUAUGAAUAAGCAGAAAAUUUUAUACCCUGUUACUUUGCACUGCUUAUAUACCAACUGUCUUGGAGAAGCAUGUUUUAUUGUACAAGGGCUAAUUCUCUCAGCUGCUAGAUACAGUGCCCAUUUUAAUAUGUAGAAUAAACAGCAACUAUGCCAUUCCAGUCAUGUAGCCUGCAAAUCGGGAGCACUUAUCUGACUCACAGCUGAAAACAAAUCAGAUGAAUCAUAAACCACAUGGUGUGGUUGAAAAGCCCACAUAAAUUAAUUACGUUCCUAGUAUAAGUUGAAUUUGAAUAACGAAAUAGAUGUUUCUUCUGAGAAUUCUGUUCUCUAGAAUCACUUUGCUAGUGUUUUUCUGAUGCGAUAGUUUCAGGAAUAGAUGGAUUUUUGCUAGGCCUAUGAUGUGAUUUAGACCAUAUAUACUGUAAGUGUGAAUCCUUCUCAUUUCAUACUUUUCUCCAUGAUUCAGAACUAUUAGUAAACUCUAGUAAAGCCCUUUGCCUAAAUCCCACUGACAGAGUAGUUAGAAUCAGGCUUAGGACCUGAUCCUGUAGUCUUUAUAUAGGCAAAACUCCAGUCUUUCUUUUAUAGCUUCCUUCUCUUGACUUCUCUGGGAGUUUUGCAGGUGUAAUCAAGUCAGUAAUUAGCCUUUAAGGACCUACAUGUUCCAGUGUACUUAUUUUCAUAGGUUUUGCUUUGGUGCAGCCAUUUCUUUCAGUAGACCGAGCAGCGAGACUGAAGAGCCUGUGUCAAAUUCACUGAGGUUCUAUGCGUCCUCCAGCACAGAACCCAUGGGAACGUUCCUGGUGGCAGGAAGUCUACACAGGCAAGUUGCAAGGACACAAGACCCCAGUUACUUUCCCUUUGUCAAGUGGCCUGCAGCUAAGCAGCACCUUACUGGCUGGGGAAGGAAGGUGAUUAGGGCAGCCCCUAGGUAUCCCCCACCAGCAAAUGCCUGUUGACCUUCAGUCAAAAUGAAAGCUGCUGGCAAAAACUCUGAGAUACUGCUACCUGCCUUCUGCUGGAUGAAGUUCUUCUGGGGUGCAGUGGGGCAGGCUGGCACAGGGAGGUAUUGUUUGCACCUCGCUAUACUCAGGGCUGCCGAGAGCGGGUUCGGGCCCUGGUGAAAAACUGUGUUCGGGCCCCCCCUAGCAAGGCCGGACCGGCUAAACAGGGCCGACAAAGCUGGGGAAGCUGGGCCCCAGGCCGGGCUCUGGUAAUUUGUACCAGCUUUCCCCCGCUCCCCUCAUCGGCCCUGCCUAUACCAUUGGGAGGUAAUUUGUUGCCUUAUUAUUUGAGGUGACAAUGCUUGAAUUGGUCACAAGCUGGGAAUCUAGCAUAUUUAUUUCAUUGCUACAAAACCUUCAGAAUAUCCUUGUCAACAUUAGCAUCUCUACUUGAUGCUAACUUUCACUCUUGAUCUUAUAUAUGUAGAAGUUUGUCUUGAAAUCAGUAUAUUAGAAAAAGAGUUCUACUAAACUUGGGGGGGGGGCUUGAAAAUUAUUUUUGUACAUAUAUAGCAAAUUUAAAUUUUCUAUGCUGAAACAUACUAUUAAUUUAACUAUAAGCAAGCUAUUAAUUUUUUUCCCACUUGAAAUCAGAAUACUAAAAACAAAACAUAUGGAGUGUUGCAGUCUUCCUUUGUUAAGUGAAAUAUUUUCAGAAACAGCGUCUCUCAUACUGGUGCAAUUUUGUUUUUGCAUGUGCAUUUUGACACCCAAUUACUGUGCAAAUUAAAUUUUAGGCAUGCAAAAUUAUGUCCACAACUUUAAUAGCCUAAAUAUCUAGAUUUUUGUUUAUGAGAGAUUUUAGAGAUAAGAUGUUGCCUGGUUUUAGCUAAAUUGAGAAAUGGGAUUAUAGGAUGCUUUUCGGACAUUGCUGUUGGAUUAAGAAAGGAGGAGUGUAUUUAUACAUGAGCCUGCAGAGUUGAUAUGUUCAAAGGAAGUUUUAUGGAGGAACUGAAUCUAGAUAUAAAUUAAUUCUAAAUAGGAUUUUAACGCUGAUUAAGUUGGGCCCUACCAAAAUCACAGCUGUGAAAAAUGCAUCACAGACCUUGAAAUCUGGUCUUUUGUGUACUUUUACCCUAUUUAUACAGAUUUCACAGGGGGAGACUAGCAUUUCUCAAACUGGAGGUCCCGACCCAAAAGGAAGUUGGGGGGGGUGUCACAAGGUUUUUGUAGGGGGUCACAGUAUUCCCACCUUUAGUUCUGUGCUGCCUUCAGGGUGGGACUUCCAUAGAAACAUCUUUUAUUAGAUGGUAUUUAUUAUUCAUCAGUUGUACCCUGUAUCUGACAUGCUGCUACUUCAGUAUUCGGAACUAUAGCACCUUAAAAGCUAGAGUGAAUUGAGCCUCUCUGCAUCGCUGUUGAUCCAACGAUGGAUGGUCUGUUAUUUUGCAUCUGGAUUUGUAAGUGUCCCUGAUUUGCAGGAACAUCACUGAUUUGUACCACUGUUUUUCCUCAUUAAGAACUAGUGAUUAGUAUAGUAAAAUAUGAAAGAUUUUAAAGGGCUUUCUUUGGUCACACCAUUUCUAUUUGCAGCCACAGAAUAUUUAUCGCCCCCCCCUUCCAUGACUGAUUUACUUUUAUUAAUGUUCCUCUUUAUUUCCAUGUCAGAGAAAUUUGUAAAAUAUAUCCACAUACUGUCACCAGCUAUAGGGUCAAAUCUGCAGUCCUUAGUCAAAAAUCCCUCUAAAAUAGAGCCGUUCCCUCCCCAAAUAAUUUCCACAGUCCACACCACAAAUAGCCAGCAGCAUUCUCUGUUCUACCGCAGCAUCCAAGUCAGUUUUAACAGAUGAAAGCAUGCCAUGCAGCUCCCUCCUGUCCUGUAUGUUUUGCUAUCAAUCUUGCCCCAUUCAUACAGCUUUCUGAGGGAGGAGAGCCUCGCCUCUAUGGAAGAGCAAAGCUUCAAUAUCAAAUGUGCAUUUUAAAGGACACAUUUCGUUCAGUGCCAAAAGAGGCAGCCUCCAUCUGUUCAGAGUGCAUCAAAAACAGUCAGUUUCACACCCUGACAUUUACUCUGGUGGAUGCUCCCCAACCCCAAUUAUACCACAGGUGCCGCAGUAAACCAUCGUUACCUUCACCUCUCUUGAUGCUUGUGUUCAUAUGAUACAUAAGCAAAGAGUGGAAGAUUAUAGGUCUGAAUAUGCUGGAAUGAACAAAAUGUAUUUCAUUGACCAAAACAAGUACCUAUGAUUCAGCGGAUCACUCAUGAAACAUAGCAGGCCAGAUCUUUGGCCCUUUCAAAGGCUCCUUUGCACUGCUUUUAGAUGCAUUAAUGCAGUAAAUGAUGAUGUCCCUAUUGUAGAGGAAUCCUCAAUAGUUGUAGGGCUGGCUAUGCCAGCCUUACACCACUCUCCUUUCUGGAGCAGAUUGGGGAUGAAGAGAGGGUGAUUCUGGCCAGCAAAGUGGCUUCUUGAGCACUGCUGUCCCACCAAGAGAAGUUAGAGCAGUCUUAUGAGCAAGAGUGAUCCACGGUGAAUGAGAAAUCUGGGUCCAGGGAAAAAACACAAAAUAACCAGCUCUGGAGAAUGAUAUUAAAAUACAGAGCCCCAGGUCAGUGGUUCUCAACCUUUUUCUAGCUGAGACUCAAAAUCCAUACAUGGUUUCUUGCAAUGCCCCAGAGUCCUACAACCCUUUGCAAUUACACAGCAAAAAGCAUGUCUGAGUUUGGGUGCUGGCAAGGGGUUUCUGAGAUUUGGGGUAAGGCAGAGGCAUCAGGAGGAAAGGUCAUGGCAUGAGUUGUCUUUUGCUUUCCCUUCCCAGUCUCCUAGCAAACCAAUGAUUUUGGUGUUUUUUUAGCUGGUAGGGUAUGACAUCCUCUCACCAUUGCUCUCUUCUGCUUUGCAUGCCAACAGGUGAGAAGUGCUGCUCUAGAUUACUAGUUCAGAACCAGAUUAAGUCAGCAGUGACUAAAAACUGUUCCCAUCUGAUGGUAGUUUUAUGGCCAAUGUGAAAUGUGUUGGAGGUCUCAGCCCAGAGUUUAGCAGACAGGUGUCUGUUUCACCAGUAUCACCAUUACAACUGGCACUACUUAACACCCUGGAUGUCAUACUCAACCAUGGUCAAAGACUAGAUGCAGGCUCUAGAGACCAAUCUACCCUCCCACUGGGAGGUGACCCCUUUAGAGCAAUGAUUGGGGGUGAGUGAAGAGAUUUGCAUCAUUGCUUCACUUGUAAGAAGGCUUGUGGGCCUGAUCCACUUGGAACAGAACCUAAAAGAGAACAUCAGUCUCCAGAGUUGUAAAUCAGGCACUUUUCACAAGUAUUACAUUCACUUCUUUUUUAAAUAAAGAAAUAUGGAAACUAUGCUUAAAGUUAAUUAUAUGAAGCUGCCAUUUAUUUUUCCCUUAACAGAGACGGUAUCACUUUGGCACUUAAAUCAACCUGAGGUAUACACUGAUUAUUUCCUUUCCAGACUCUGAUCUCUUUAUAAGUUUCUUUCAGAUUAGUUUUUGUUCCAGUUCAUGUAAAUGUUCUGCUUCUGACUUUGGGUCUGCGUGGGUUUGUAUUUUUAUGCAAUAUUUACAUUACUUUGAACAGCUUUAAAAGCAGAAUGUCUUUUGAAUGUGCUAAUAAAUGAAAAAUCAUACCUUCCAAAAUGAUGUCUUAUAAGUUGAAGUGUAUACUGUGGGAAUGUUGUUGAUAUUAUUAUAGCUCCUUAAAGCAUAACAAUAUGCGUUACAUUGUGUGUCUUUUAAAGUCUAUACAAUAGUGUAAAUCUGUAUUUCCUCACUAGCUCUAUAGUCUUCAGUCUGAGGAUUCGAUCCUUUAAAUACUUACAAACGUGAAUAACUUCAUUCACUUCAGCAGUCCCAUUGAAUGAGACUGCUCUAAUGCGUAAAGGUACUCAUAUAAGUGUUGCAGGAUCAAGCCUUUAGUUAAUAACUGAUGGUAAUAGUGAGGACACGUGGUUAGUAACAGCACCCAGACACCAGCAAAUGGGGUCUGUGUUAAUGUGGAUACAUUUAUAUCCAAGUUACUCAACAUUAACAUAAAUUAUUGCUAUUAUAAUUCAUGUAUAUUAUUUGUAACUGAAAUACACUAGUCCUGUGAAAGUGUAGUUGCCAGGGAAAGCAUUGGGUCUUGCUGUUUCAUAGAUUAUUUGAAUUUAGCAUUCAUUUUAGUUAUUGAGGUAAAUCUAGUUUCAUAGAGAGGAAAAAUGAUAGAUGAAUUGUAAUGAUCCUGAAUAAGCUGCAUAUUGUACAUUUCAAUUUUGAAACUAGAAACUAAGUUUGUUCAGAUGUAGUAUUUUUAAAUGCCUAGAGGGUUUUUUGUUUUGAGUUAAUAUGUAAAGGAAUAAACAUAAAUUACUUUGAAAUUUUAUUGUAGAGCUAAAUGUACAUAUAGCAUAAUGUGGGAGGGAAUCAUCUGAAAGAUUAAAAUUAGAAAUCAUUUCACAUAGCUGCCGUUUUGGCUUUAUUUUGUUUGCAGUAGUCAUAGUAGAUACCAGUCAAUAACAGAUACUUAUAUCAGUGCCUGAGUUUGCCUGGCUUCUCGUGGUUAAAAUAAGUUUGUGCAGUGAUUAAAAUUGCUUUUGUAGGUUUGUGUGUGUUUCUGGAAAAAGGCAAAACUACAUAAGGUUGUUGAAAUAAAGAGAAAUAUGAAAAUAGCAGGCUUAGAGACUGCUGUGGAAAUACAACUACAUGAAAUAGGGUUUAGGUUUCAAAGUAUUUUAUAUCAAUGGGCCUAAUUCACUCCUUUACACUGACUAUAGUUAAAUUAUACAAGAGAUGAAUUUGGCCCAUUAAGUCUAUCAAUUUCAAUGUCAGGCAUCUCAGGUUUAUAUACAGAUAAUAUAGUUUAGUAAGUAAGCAAAAAUAGAUUAUACUUAUGGUAGUGUGUGACCAGAUAUAAUUAGCCCUAAUAACAUGUUAGUUCUCAAAUUUCUUAUGGGUUAUUUUUUGUUACAAAGAAUGAAAAGCAAGUGUCUUAGUGAAAUAGGGAUAUGUGGAGAUAAGCACAAUGUUGGUACAAAAGGUACCAAAAUUAGAAAUUUAGGCCUCAGAAUAACUGGGAUGACUCGUGUGUAAAAUUAAGCAUGUGUGAAUAUGACUGUAAUAAAGUAUUGGUUCUGAAAUCUCCAAGAUAGUGACAUUUUCAAAAGGUCUUGUUAAAAAUGUUGUUUUGGGUGUUGUUAUGUGGAUUAUUUUGAAAAGUGGGUCAGAUUCUGAAUGCAGUUGCACUGAUAAAAAUCCAGAGUAACUCCACUGGCUUCAGUGGAGUCAAAAACAUCAAAAGUAGUUCCAAGUUAUUUUUACAUCCUUUGAGCCACAUCCUCAAUUGGUAUAAAUCAGCAGAGUUCCAUUGACUUCUCUGGUGCUAUUCCAAAUUAUACCAGGUGAGAAGCUGGCCCCUUGUAUUCUAGAUCAAGUCAUUUAAUGUAACAUUCAGUAUGACUUUAUUUACAAGAUGAAAAGUUACCUAAGGUGCAAACUGUACUACAUAGAUUAUCAUUUAUAUCUAUUCACAGGACAUGAUUUCACUGUAUCACUUCAUACUUGAAAUUCAGUCUGUUAUUUUAAUAUCAGGGUACAAACAUGAAAGGUGCGUGUAUUACUGUUUCUUUUAAAGAAUUAUUUUUAUUCAGUGUGCCUAAAAAUUCCUAUUAAAUGCUCUCUAUGUGCUCCUCAUUCAGCAUAAAAUAUGUGAAAUGGUGCCUAUAUCAUCUACAAAUGUACAGAAAAUGUACUAGUGAUUUAUCUAAUUGUCACUUACAUGUAUUGAUUUUUUUAGUUAAAUAUGCAUUACACCGAAGGGCUACAAAAAGAAAACUGUGGAAUAUAACACUUAUUAUGCCCUCACUGUGCCGGAAAUUCUGCAGCCCCUUGUUUAGUUGCUAAUAGCCCCAUAUGCAGUGGAAAAGCUCUGUUUCUGCUGUGCAGGAUGGCUGGAGAGUGGUGAAGCCACACAGGGAUUCUACAGCUCGCUCUCAGACAAAGCAUUUUGCUCUAAUUGUAUGCUUGCUCCAUGCCCAAAACUUCUCCCUAUGAGGCUUUCGGUUUUAAGAAUUCCCUGAGGUAGGGCUACUUUACACUGACUUAAUUGAAGUUCCUUAAAAAAUAUUCCCUUUCAAGCAUGCACCUUACCAUAUAACAUUCUUUAGCUUUUACAAGUACAGGUUUAUAAAACUGGUCAAAUACAAAAAGUAAUCACCUGUCGAUGGACAUAUUAAAUGCAAAACUAAAUCAAGGAACAUUGAGGGUUAUAGAUACUGUGUUAUGUCAGAAUUACAGUCCUUUGGAGUUGAAUGUUUUGCUGCUGGCAGUGCUAGAAAAGCAAAGUUGUGUAUUUAUUGUCAGAUGCUGAAGGUUCAAUAUGAAAAAAUCAAUAUAAUAAAAAUGUCACAGUGUCAAGUUCUUUUCAAUUGUGCACAAACUAUUUCAAAGUAAAAAGGAAAAAAUGGUUUGUAUAUUUAAAACUGCUUUCUCAGCGUUUACUUCACUUUCGUAGCUAUAUUUUUCUUUUAUAUAAAAAUGUAAAAUGAAUACAAAUGCAGUAAGAAAUGUAUAUUAAAUACGGACAUUUCGCAACA